UUAAACAAAUCAAAGAGAAGCCUAAUCAUGGACUCAAUUCCCACUUUCCACUUACAAGCUCUCUCUAUGAUUAGUAUCACCACUUGCUCCUAGCGAUUUGCAACCACCUCAGGCGGACUUGGGAGAGAGGGAACAGAGAAAGAAAUCAACCCCCUCCAAAAAAAAAAAAAAAAAGAGCAAUGGUGGUGGUGCGAUCGGCAGAUCCUGGGCUGAUGGUCGACCCAAGAAGUGGCUUCUGCAAAGCUAACUCCACCUUCUACAGCAAGCGCAAACCCAUCCCGUUUCCUGCUAACCAUGCUCUGGACUUGACCACGUUCAUUUCUUCGCGUCCCCAUCACGGCAAGGUUGCCUUCAUCGACGCAACCACCGGCGGCCAACUCACCUUCCCCGACUUCUGGAAAGCAGUGGAAUCCGUCUCCACGUGUCUUUCGGAAAUGGGCAUCCGCAAAGGCCACGUAGUCCUCCUCCUCUCCCCCAACUCCAUUUUCUUCCCCGUCGUCAGCCUCUCUGUCAUUUCUCUGGGAGCCGUCAUCACUACCACCAACCCCCUCAACACCGCCCGCGAAAUCGCCAAACAUAUCUCCGACACCAAGCCUGCUCUCGCAUUCACAGUCCCCCAACUCUUGCCCAAACUCGCGGACGCUUCUAACGACAACCACCUCAAAGUUGUCCUCGUGGGAGAAAGAGAAACCCCAUGCGAGAACAGCCUCAGUACUAGUAGCUGUACUGUUAUUGGAAGCUUGGAGGAGAUGAUGAAAAGAGAAGCAAGUCAAGCCCGAGUCAAAGACCGGGUGACCCUAGACGACACUGCAACGCUCCUAUACUCGUCCGGCACCACUGGAGUUAGUAAAGGCGUGGCUUCAUCGCACAAGAAUUUCAUAGCUUUGAUCGAAACUCUAGUUCGCCGUUUCGGAACGAAUGCCCAGGAAGAAAUUUACAUCGCAACCGUUCCCAUGUUUCACAUCUACGGUUUAGCUGCAUUUACCAUGGGUCAUUUAGCCAUGGGCUCAACGGUGGUGGUCUUGUCGAAGUUCGAUUUGGAGGAGAUGCUAUGGGCCGUGCAAAAAUACAGAGCUACUUAUUUGCCGCUGGUGCCGCCAAUUUUGGUUGGAAUCGUUAACAAAGCUGAUGAAAUUAAGAAGACAUAUGACUUGAGUAGUUUGAGGACGGUGCUGUGUGGGGGCGCGCCCCUGAGCAAGGAGAUGAUCGAGGGGUUCGUGGACAAGUUUCCAAAGGUGACCAUCAUGCAAGGCUAUGCUUUGACAGAGUCGACCGGAGGUGGAGCGUCCACGGACACCAUGGAGGAGAGCCGGAGGUACGGGACUGCGGGGCUGCUCUCGCCCAGCGUUGAGGGGAGGAUUGUGGACCCAGAUAGCGGAAGGGCACUGCCGGUGAACCGAACCGGUGAGCUUUGGCUAAGAGGGCCCACCAUUAUGAAAGGUUAUUUCAACAACGAAGAAGCAACGGCAUCAACUCUAUAUUCAGAUGGAUGGUUAAGAACUGGAGAUCUCUGCUACAUAGACGAGGAUGGGUUUCUUUUCAUUGUUGAUAGGCUGAAGGAGCUGAUCAAGUACAAAGGUUAUCAGGUAGCUCCAGCAGAACUGGAGGCCUUGUUACUCUGUCACCCAGAAGUAGCUGAUGCUGCUGUAAUUCCGUUUCCUGAUGAGGAGGUUGGACAAUUCCCCAUGGCAUAUGUGGUGCGAAAAGCUGGAAGCACGAUUUCUGGGGUUGCAGUAAUGGAUUUUAUUGCGAAGCAGGUGGCGCCAUACAAGAGAAUCCGGCGAGUGGCGUUUAUAGCUUCCAUUCCCAAGAAUCCCUCUGGCAAGAUUCUUAGGAAGGACCUGAUCCAACUUGCUACCUCCAAACUUUAAAGCAAUGGGGUUUAUCUUGAAUGAAUUUGUUUCCUGGAUUCUCAAAACACUCAAUACAGAGGAAUAAUUGGGAAUUAAAGCUGAAGAUCAUAUCCUCAAAGUCCAAACAAUCAAUCAAAUGUCCAUUUAAAAACCUCAUGCGUAUGCUGAAGCUCAGAUGUAAUAAUUCUGGAUUACGUUGGCUGAGAAACACAACAGUGCGACCUGCUGCAUAUAAAGUUGUUACUGGAUUUAAUCGAUGAAGUAAAACUUUGGAGCAUUUGCAUUGCUGCUGCUUCCAAGUGCCAUAUUUGCUAAUGAAAGACUUCUUCAGAGCACUCUUGAUCAAAGAAGCAAUAAUC